ACUACAACCAGUGGCGGCUGCAUCUUAGCUUCAGACUGAAAUCAAAAGCUCUUCAGCCGAGGUUGAGAACAGUGUGUAGAUGCUAGUCGGAUUGUCCCUAACCCACACACCGGAUUGUUACUCUCUGGACAUCAGUAUCAUCACCACGUCGAGUUUCCUGCGAUUCAUUCUUAGUAUAUCCGUCAAUGUUUGCAAAUUCUUUACGGUGGUGUGUUCCGUGUUGUGCUUUUCUGUGGCCCCCUGGGCAACCGUGGUCGGUUUAGGUGUACGUUGCGGGCGGCGUUGUAAACAGCUCUUGUUCCAACGAUCAGCCGUGAAUGCCCCCUCGGAGGCGAGGACUCACAAACUAUGUUUCAAUUUCAUGUUCCGUUCUAGGCGCAGUUGUUUGAUCAAACGACUGUCGAGGAUUUCAACGAAUGAAGCCCAACGUUCGGUGGAAGCCAUCCUGAGGAGACUGGAAUUAGCCGAUUUGGAGACCUUGGCGGUCUCCGUGGAGAGUCUGGGUACGGAGGAGACCCCUUGCAUACCCUUACCGAUGGGCGAGGAGUAUUGGCCAUCGAAGCCCCAUGUGGUUUUUUGUCAAUUGUGGCGGUGGGCUGAUCUCCACCCAUCUCAUGAGCUUAGGCGGUUACCCAACUGCCAAACAUCCCAGGAUCCCCUGUACAUAUGUGCGAAUCCUUACCAUUGGAGUAGGCUUUAUAAGCCAGAUACCCCUCUACCCCCUUAUUCUACACUUCCUCAGGAAUUACCAAAAGUUGAAGAUGACACAUCCAUAGCUAGUGAUCCUGUGUCACCUGAAUCUAGAUUCUCUAGUAAUUCAGGAAGCAGUGAGUCCUCGCAACCUUGGUGCAAAAUAGCUUAUUGGGAACUGUCUGACCGUGUUGGAAGAUUGCUUCCAGUAUCCCAGUCUGUAGUAAAUGUGUUCGCUGAUCUACCUCACAGUGAUGGUUUGUGCCUUCAAACUCUGACAGAUUCUCAAGUCACAACUAAUACGUCUGUCUUACAGACUCGAACCAAGAUCGGACAAGGAGUCACUAUCUUUAAAGAGGACCAUGAAGUUUGGGUCUAUAACAGAUCCAAGUUUCCGGUGUUUGUAAACUCUCCUACUCUCGAUCCACCAAACACAGAAAAACUGACUGUGUACAAGUUACAGCCUGGGUAUUCCAUAAAGAUCUUUGACUAUGAAAGGUCAAAGUACAACCAAAGGGUGAGGGAUUCAUCAACACAAAAAAAUGGACCUUUUGAUCAGAAUGCCGUCCGCAUUAGUUUUGCCAAGGGUUGGGGCAAUAGCCGAUACUCCAGACGUUAUAUCACUUGCUGUCCAUGUUGGAUAGAAGUUAUGUUUGUCAACAGGUGACAAAGAUAAAAAAAAAAACUGUGCCAUUUGUGAAGUAAUGAAUGCUUCUUCAGUUGAUAUUGCUAGUCGAGCUUAGUACCAUUGUGCCAUUGGCUGGUGUAAACUACAUGCCAGGCCAGCGUAUGUUUUUUGGUGCCAACAGAAAUUCAAGAGUUGGAUACUAGUUUUUUUUUUUUUUUUUUUUUUUCUUCGGGUUCCUCAGGAUUUUAUUCAUUUUCAUGAUUUGUGAGUUGGUGAUGUUUUAACCUAUGUGAUAUAACUUCUUUUUAGAAACAAUAUUUAAAUAACGGUCAUUUUUUUAUUAUUAUUAUUAAGUUAUGCUCUGUCUUUUCAUUCUUCCUUAGUUCUGUUAUAAUCACCUAUCACGCAUGUCAUCAUAAUGAAUAGCUUGGAAGUAUUAAUGGUUAACCCACCACUCUGUAUACUAAAUAUUUAUUUUUAAAGCAAAGGCUGUUGUAUUUCCAGCUUGUUGUCAAAAAUUUGCGUCAAUGUAUUGCCAGAAGAAAAGUGCAUUUACUCUCUGCUUCAAGUGUCCCUUCAAAUGUUCUUAGCAUAUACUAGUAUUGUCAUCAGCAGGAUGUAAAUUUCUGCAUAUACAUCUGCCUAAGCUCAGUUUUCUAAAAAUUAUCCUCUGUGAUAAUUAUCAGCCUAACCUCUUUUAUGAAAUUUUAAUUUUUUAAGAUGACUAUUAACUUAAGGGACCACAUUUGCUUGUGAUUUAUGAAGGAUGACAUUUAUUGAAGUUGCUAUUUCAAUACCUAAAUAGUUCCCCCUGGAUCUAUUUGUAUGAAAAUAGAAUCAAAUCAUUUUGUAUUGAUUGCAAGAGUAAAUACUACACAGGGCUUUAUAUUUCACUUAUAUUGCAUUUAAAGCUGUUGCCUAUACCUGAAUCUUGCAUUUGUGCCAUCUUUUUAUCUAAAAUGCCUUGAACUUGCAUACUUGGCGAUUUUUGCUGUAACAAUUGUAUAUAUGUAUAGUUUAAAAUUAUUUUAAAAUAAGAGAUAUAGAAAAGUUUAUAUUAAAAACUACUUCUUCCAAGAUAUAUUGUGUAGAACCUAUUGUUACUUAGUCAUGAAAUUUUUCCAGUGUAUUGAUUCACCUUUAUAUAUUUUAUUUAAAUUAUCCUAUUACAAAAUUUGUUUUGAAAAAGUGCUUGUUUCUAAUUUGUAAUGGAUUUGAAAUUUAUAUAAAUUUAAAUCGUGAAAAUAAUUUUUAUCGGACUAUAAAUCAGUUAGUGGAUUUAAAAAUUUCUUUGUUAUUAUUGAUUUACUAUAUUUAUUAUUUUGUAAACCAAAUGAAUUUUUUAAAAAAUCAAAAAUUGGAGUUUUAAACUGUGUUGUUUGAUACACACCAGUUUUAUUGUUCCAGCCAUCUCCUAAUAUAGACAUAGUCUGCAUGAACGUGCUGUACAACAUAGUUUAUUUGAGCAAGAUUAUAAACGAGAAUUUUCUCAAACCUUUCACUAGAAGCUCCAUUUAUAGAAUAUGCCACAGAAGAAUAUGAAAAUAGUUGAAAGAAAUAAUAUAUUCUGUGUCAUUGCUUUUGCCUUAAUUCGAAGAACAUGUACAAAGUUGUGUAAAGAGAUUUUAUCUGUUGGUUCUGCUACAGUUUUUCUCCCUAUGAGUACAAAAGAAGAAAAAAAAUCUGUCUUUGAAGUGCAUUUAAACAGUAUGGUGAAUGCUGAACAUGGCUGUAAUUCCAAUAUUGCUGAGCUUAGCACACUGCAAUUCUCAUAACUUCCUGCUGUAGAAUUCAGUUUUCUGAUAAUUGCUUUUCUUUUUUAAUAGUGGCAGCUGUUGUAUUUCACAUUUCAGUUCUCUGUACAUAAAUUUAAAAUUCAUAUAAUUUAUCAUCAUUGCCUAUGUAUUAUUUUUUGGAAUUUUUUUUUUAAAUAGAUUCACAAUGCCAUUCAAAAUUUUGCACAAUACUUAUUAGAAUAGUUAACUUUUUAAUGGUGCUAUAAUAUAUAUAAUGAAUGAAUUUUAAGCUAGGCCCUAACUAGUUGUACUUUUGUAAGCAACAUUUGCCACCAGUAGUAGACAGCAUAUUCUAGUCCCAUCUCUACAGAAUGGUCUGUUGUAUGAAUUUAUUUGAAAGUUAAUUUUUCAGCAUGAGAGGAAGAACAUGCCUGGAUUUUUUUCUGGAAUGAUGCUAUUAAUUAAUCUAUAUAUUUAUAAUUUUUGAAAAAUAAAUGCUUUCUCAAAAUGUUUCUUCUAAUAAUAUUUUCAUAAAAAAAAAUGCUGUAUGCAUUCUAAAAAUCCAUAUUAAAUUUUUAAGUUUUAUUAAUAGCUACAAAAUUUAAAAUAAUUGUUAUGAAUUUAAUCUUUUAUAAUGAAGAUAAAUUACUUAAUAUUGUCACAUUUCUUAUUUUAUUUUAUUACAAUUAAUGAUGUAAAUCAUUUUUGAAAAAUGAUUUGAAUUCUAUUUCUUGUCGGAUUUGAUUUUUGAAAAAUGUUCUUUUAUCAUUUAAAUAGUUUGAAAUUUCUUUAAUGAAGGCUUUUCUUCCUCUCCUUUUUGAUACUGAUUAAAUUCUUUAUACAAUUAUGUGAAAAUUAUUUAUUGUGCAAGAUUGGUUUCUAUUUAAAAUUUUUCACUUCCAAGUUUCUCACAUUUGUAAAACAUCUCAUAAAACAGCUUCCUCAGUUUAUAGAGGAAGGUAGAAAACUCCAAACCAUGUUGAUUCUGCUAAUAUUUAUUUAAAAUAGCUUUAUUUGUAUGAAUUGUAAAUCGAGAAACUAUGCUUUUUCUACUGGAAAAAGGGAAACAUUGUAUUGAACUUAGUGCUGAAGUACUAAGGAAUUCAUUAGUGAGCAUUAUUUGUUUUUUUGUACAGUGUAAAUACUCAUGAAAGCUAUAUGCUGUAGAACUCAUUGUAGACUACUUGUACAGUUUUGACAGGAAAUAACAUUGUACAAAGGGGCUUUGCCUCAAAAUGUUUCUAUAUUAAAAAAAUUAUUAAAGAA